GAUGUUGAGUCACUACUAAUUCUGAAAGGGCAUGACGAUAUCAUAUUACAUUCUCGGCUUGAAUAAGCUAGGGACAGUAAAAAUGACAGACUUGUGUAGGACAUCAAAAUCUAUAUAUAAGCCAUAGACCCCUAGGUCUAUCUACCAGACCAGGAGAACAGAAUCCCAUAGCAUUCAAAGAAUAUUCUAACUCGAAGCCUCUAUCCACAACUCCAAUAUCAACCAGUCAAAAAUACCCCUACCCCCUUAACCACAACUCAAAAUGACAGCCUUCGAAACCAUAACCAAAACCUCCCACCGCACCACCUACCCAACCAUCUCCCCCCUCCGCCCCGAGCUGUCCCAAGCCGGCAAGACCGUCCUCAUCACCGGCGGCUCCGCAGGCAUCGGCUACGCCAUCGCUUGCGCCUUCGUGCAAGCGCGGGCCGCCAAGCUGAUCAUCGUAGGCCGGCGCCCCGGCCCCGUCUCCAAAGCCGUAUCGUCGCUCACCGCGCUCUCGAACUCGACCUUCGCGACGCAGACGCGGGAAGCGGGCGUCGGUUACGGCAGCCCUACCGCCGUCGUAGGGCUGGAGUGCGACGUGGGCAGCCCCGUCGACGCCGCGGCGCUGUGGGCCAGGCUGGCCGGCGAGGGCACAGUCGUCGACGUGCUGGUGCUGAACGCCGCGGCGAUACCCCCCGUGAAGCCGCUGCUGGAUAUGGGCGCGGAGCUCUGGGCGACGUAUUACGAUGUUAACGUGCGCGCGCAGCUGGAUUUUGCCGGGCGGUUUUAUAGACAGUUGGGGAAGGGAGUGGAUGAGACGAAGUACCUCGUCCACGUAUCAACGAUGGCGAUCCACAAUUGGGAGAUCAACCCGGCGCGGACCUACAGCGUGACCAAGAGCGCGGGCGCCGCGGCCCUGCAGGCGGUCGCGGCGGACGUGCCGCCCGAGCAGAUGCAGAUCGUCAACUACCACCCGGGCGCCAUCUUCACCCCUGGCGCCCAGGACGCGGGAUACGUCGAUGAAAGCCUGCCGUGGGAUGAACCCGAUCUCCCGGGCGACUUCGCCGUCUGGGCCGCCACCCCCGAAGCUAGGUUCCUUCACGGCCGCUUCGUGUGGGCGAGCUGGGACGUGGAUGAGUUGAAGACCGGGGAGCUGAGGAAGCGCAUUGACGAGGACCCGUGGUUCUUGAAGGUUGGCGUUAGGGGCUUGUAAAGGUGGCGUAGACAAAAAUGGGAGGACGUCGUACAUCCUUAUCAAGGUACAAUAGAUCAGUUAGAUAUGUGUAGUAAUAGGUUACGUAGCAUACCUUUCGCCCCCCUUAGGUACCAAAAUUGCAAGAAUCACUAUGGGGAU